GUCUUCUCUGAGAGGAACCCCUGCGAUAUCCCGUGGGGUAAGGCCGGUGCUCAUUAUGUCUGCGAGUCCACUGGUGUCUUCACUACUGGUGAGAAGGCCUCUGGCCAUAUUCAGGGUGGUGCUAAAAAGGUUGUCAUCUCCGCUCCCCCUAAGGAUGACACUCCCAUGUUCGUGAUGGGUGUGAACAACAAGGAGUAUACUUCCGAUCUCAAGGUUGUGUCCAACGCCUCGUGCACUACUAACUGCUUGGCCCCUCUUGCUAAGAUCAUGAACGACAACUUUGGUAUUGUCGAGGGUCUCAUGUCCACCAUUCACGCCACUACUUCCACUCAAUUGACCGUCGAUGGUCCUUCUAAGGGUGGUAAGGACUGGAGAGGAGGCCGUUGCGCUGCUGCCAACGUCAUUCCUUCCUCCACCGGUGCCGCCAAGGCCGUCGGUAAGGUCAUCCCCUCUCUCAACGGUAAGUUGACUGGUAUGUCCUUCCGUGUCCCUACCCUGAUGUUUCUGUUGUCGAUCUUACCUGCCGUCUCGAGAAGGCUGCCACCUACGACGAGAUCGUUGCCGCCGUCAAGAAGGCCUGUGAGGGUGACAUGA